AUGAUGCGCCAAAGUAUUAGACCCUUGCGGGCUUUCUCGCUAACAUUUGUGCCAGUCCGAGGUGUCAUGGAUUGCCCGCCGAACACAGGCCUCACUGCUCUACACCUCAAGCCUCUGAAGCGCGAGGCCGAGCACGGCAUCCCCUCGUGCGAUCUCCAGCUCCGAUCCUACAGCGUCCAGCCUCUCGAAUUCUUCUCCGACUUUGCCCUCCGCGCCGCCUACUACCUCGGCCUGCCCGCCUACGGCCCCGUGCCUCUCCCCCGCAUCACAGAGCGUUGGACCGUCCCCCGAGACAACUUCAUCUUCAAGAAGUCGCAGGAGAACUUUGAGCGAAAGACGCUACGACGGCUUAUACAGAUCCGCGACGGUAACCCCGAGACGGUGCAGCUGUGGCUGGCGUACCUGCGCAAGCACCAGCUCUACGGCGUGGGAAUGAAAGCCAACAUGUGGGAGUUUAGCGAGCUGGGCGUCGGUAAGAAGAUGGAUGCACUGCCGGAGGCGGAGAAGGGUGAGAUUGAUGCCAAGUGGUCGCAUCUUGGACAGACGAAGACGAUUGGCACGGUGGAAAAGGUCGAGGAGUUGCUUAACCAGCGGAGGUUCCGUGAGGCUGCUGGCUUGAGGGUCCCUCCUACGACGAGCGUGUAA